GGGGACACCAGGGCAGAGGGCCUUGAAUUGAGAAAUCGAUCAUGCGAUCGCCUUGGCCUCGCCCUCUGCCACCCUUCUGGAAAACUUAAACGUCCUACUUUAGAUUGGGGACCUGCCCGUUGUUCGUUAUCGUCUUUCGCAUAUAUUAGUUCCUUUUGAAAAGUUUGGGGGUUCCCACUCGAUGGGUGUCGGUCUACGUAGCAGAAAUGGGGUGGACGUUCAAUGUUGCCAAUCCUGAUGCUGCCACGAAUGCGCCCGCCAUUGCGGUUGUGGGAAUUGUUUUUACCGUCCUUUCUACCCUAGUUGUGUCAUUACGACUCUACGUUCGAAGUUCGAUAGUCAAGAAAAUCAGUAUCGAUGACUGGAUUAUCGUUGUUACUUGGUUUCUGUUAUUCAUUUUUGUAGCAAUCAAACUCGCUCAAACAAGAUGGGGACUGGGUCUUCAGAAUGUGGAGGAUAUGCCUCCUCAAAAUCUCUAUUAUUUUGGACUGCUCGCAUAUGCUUCGUCGCUAUUUUACGUCUGUGCUAUCCUCGGAUUUAAACUCAGCAUCCUCUUCACUUUCUUCCGCAUGGCUACCGAUCGCCUCCACCGAUUUUCCAUUGUCGGCCUCGCGGUAGCCUGCUCCAUGUUCCACUUCUGCUUUUUUGUAGUCCAACUGCGUCUCUGCAACCCCGUCGCCAAGCAAUGGGACCCCGCCAUCACAGACGGCACUUGCAUUCCCACCAUGCCCCUCUACACCGCAAUGGCAGUAAUAACAAUAAUAUUCGAAGUCUUAAUACUCCUCACCCCACUCCCCAUCCUCCUCUACUCGGUCUUCACCCCUCGGAAGAACCUUCUCAUCGGCGCAAUCUACAUCCUCUCCAUCUUCGUUUGCUUCAUCCAAAUUAUUCGGCUGCUCUUCAUCACCAACCAGUCCUCAGCAAUCGACACCUCUCCCCUCCUCAACUGGUCCGUGGUUGAGGUUUCCCUCGGAAUAAUCGCCUCCAGUCUCCUCUCUCUCGCUCCACUCUUUGAGUCUUUCCUCGCCUCAGAAAUCGACACCUUCAAACUCUCCCUCAAGAUCGACCACGCCAAGAUGGCCGUCAAGCGCGUCAGGAAAGAGUCUCCGACUUGGCAAAAGAUAACCCUGCUCCUCGGAUAUGGCAAGUUGAAAGGACAGAAAGGAGAGAAUAGGAGUGGUUCAAGGUUGGAGAGUCGGCCAAAUAGCAGGAGGAAAUGGGAGGGCCGCGGAGGAGGGGAGGGGAGCGCAGGCGGUCUCAAUUUCGAGAUGGGGAUUGUUAAGACGACAGAGGUGAUUAUUAGUCGUGAAGGGAGCACAUGAAAAAAGCCGAAGAGCUUGAGGCUUGGAAGAAAGAGGUGUAGGAUAUGGAUAAUUAAUGAGAUGUUUAUCAUGCAAUUUUUCUUGAGUUGGAAAUAGGGUUUCUUGGCGUGUUUCGGGGCUCUUUAACGAAGGGCUAGGAUUUAUGAGGAGUGGGAGGAUAGUUCACUUUCUCGGGCGUGUUUUGAGAUACCAAUUCACUUUCUUUCUUUUGAAUUUUCUCUUACUCCUGUGCCUCGAGCACAGAAGUUGGUUGUCACUGCGGAGCCAGCAAGGUUCCUGAGUCUUCAUCCCUGGGUGAGUCAUCCCCCGGUAGGUUUACCAAUGAAUUACGUACGCUCAAUUCCAAACGCCGCACCUACACGGGUUGAGUGACCAAAAAAAAU